AUGAACAAGAAGAAGAAGCACCGCCAGUGCGAUGAAGAUGGAUGGGCGGAACAACCAAAUGGUGCACAAGAGAAACUCGCUGUUGUCCUGAACCCGUCCGGAGUGGAACCAGCCGCGCAUCACUGAGUGGGCCGGAGGGGAAAUGCAGUCAUGAAGCGGGUCCGCAAUGAGCAGAUCCAGUAUGUGGUGGCUCAGUACCUCAAGCGCAGACAGUAUGUGGACUCGACCGACGGCUCCCUGAAAGCCGCCAAACUCUUCCAGACGGCUGAGGAGAUGGCUGCCAGCCUCACUGUCCAGAGCGAGUCGGGUUGUGCCAACGUGGUGUCUGCGGUGCCGUGCCAGUCCGACCCGCAGCAAUACGAGUCGCAGUACGCCAGGCUGCGCUGUUUCCUGUCAGAAGCCGACAUCUCAUGGGCCAAGGAAGUGAGCGCCUUACUCUUCCCGCUCUUCGUCUACCUCCACCUGGACAUGGUACGCUGCGGCCUCAAGUCGGCGGUGGACGGCUUCUACGCGCGCUUCCACGCCGCCUUCCUGCAGGACAGCGAUCAGCGCGCCACGGUGGAGCAGCUGCGCAACGUCUUCAGCACUCGCGACGUGGCGGCCAGCCCGAGGCUCGCCGCCUUCCUGGAGCACAAGUACGUGGUGCGCCUCAGCGAGGGCGCCCACGGCUACCUGCUACGCUACCUGCAGAGCGACGACAACGGCGCCAUCUGCAAAGUCCUCGGAGCGCACCUGCAGCUGGAGGUGAGCGCCUCCAAGCGAACCGACUACCAGCUUUACGGGGCGGCGGUCGGGACGGCCCCGUCCGCCGGCGCCCCCAACUCCAUCCGGGCGGACGGCGGCGAGGAAGGCGUCGAGGCGGCAGCAGAGCCGCUGCCGGCGGGCGCCCCGCAAAACGAGGCGGCCCUGGAGGCACUGCGCGACUGCAUCAAGAAGGUCCGCGAGGGUCCGCCCUCGCUCACCACCGUGUGCUUCUACGCCUUCCAUCACACGGAGCGACUGCUCAACACCGCCGAGGUGUCGCCCGACAGCCGCCUGCUGGCCGCCGGCUUCGACAACUCCGCCGUCAAGCUGUGGAGCCUCCGUGCCCGCAAACUCAAGGCCAGGCCGCACGUGGCGGAUGUGUCGCGGGUACACCUGGCCUGUGACGUCCUGGAGGAAGAAAUGGACGAGGAGGACACGUCGGGCAGUGAGAUCAAGAUGCUGCGUGGCCACAGCGGCCCCGUGUUCCGGACCGCCUUCCUGACGGACAGCUCGGGCCUGCUGUCUUGCUCCGAGGACACCAGCGUGCGCUACUGGGACCUGGGCAGCUUCACCAACACAGCACUCUACCAGGGCCACGCCUACCCGGUGUGGGACGUGGCCGUGAGCCCGUGCAGCCUCUACUUCGCCAGCGGCUCGCACGACCGCACCGCCCGCCUCUGGACCUUCUCGCGCACAUACCCGCUGCGCGUCUACGCCGGGCACCUGGCCGACGUGGACUGCGUGGGCUUCCACCCCAACUCCAACUACUUGGCCACCGGCUCCAGCGACAAGACGGUGCGGCUGUGGAGCACCCAGCAGGGGGCCUCGGUGCGCCUCUUCACGGGCCACCGCGGGCCCGUGCUGGCACUGGCCUUCUCGCCCAACGGCAAGUACCUGGCGUCGGGCGGCGAGGACCAGCGCGUCAAGCUAUGGGACCUGGCCUCGGGGGCGCUCUUCAAGGACCUGCGGGGUCACGCCGACAGCGUCACCGGCCUGUCCUUCAGCCCCGACAGCAGCCUGGUGGCGUCCUCGUCCACCGACAACACCGUACGGGUGUGGGACGUGCGUGGCUCACAAGGCGCGGCGCCGCCCGACGGCUCGUCCGCCGAACUGGUGGGCUCGUACGCCGGGAACACCGGCAACGUGCUCAACGUGCAGUUCACGGCCUGCAACCUGCUGCUGGUGACGGGCAGCGCCCGAGAUAAAACCGAAGCUUAGAGGACACCGAGGUGGAUUUGAACAUGGUUGCCGGAGCAGCUCACUGGCAUUGACAAAUGAACGCACAUGCAUUCUUUCUUUCUAUCCAAGAAGUAAUUGUCAGGGCAAUUAAGUGGAAUUGGGUCAAUACUGGCAGCGCACUCAACGAUGCGUCACGCCACAGCGCUGGAGAAUCGCUGAUGUCAGCGUUAUUUCAGUCACUUUUUUUUUUUUCCUCCCCCCCCCCCGGUCGUUUUGAUGUAUUGCCACGCACUAAAAAUGUAAAUAUCAAUUUGUUGGCUGGAAAGAAGCACACUUUUGAGAGGUUAUGUAUUAUUCUUUUUUUAUACCAA